AUGCGCCAUAUCUAUGGAGAAUACCCAUUGCAGUACAGUUUCAAGUUCCAUGUCGAUGGAGAAUACCCAUUGCAGUACAGUUUUAAGUUCCAUGUCGAUGGAGAAUACCCAUUGCAGGACAGUUUCAUACACUUGUCGACAGAUGACAGCUUAUACUACGCAGAUUCGUGUACGAUGCCGACUAUUCUGAUUGCCUUGAGAUUUUAUGCCAGUGGAAGUUUUCUUCAAGUUCUUGGUGACACAACUGGGGUCGACAAGUCAACAGUCUCUCGAAUCGUUCUGAAAGUGUCGCAGUCACUGGUAUCUCUUGCGCCCAGAUUUAUUAAAUGGCCAGCAGACGAGGAGCUAACCAGAAUCAAGAGUGAAUUUUUUAAAUUAGCAGGCUUUCCAGGUGUUAUAGGCUGUAUCGACGGCACUCAUGUGAGGAUCCAAGGACCGUCAGAGAAUGAACCAGCAUUUGUGAAUAGGAAAGGCUACCACUCAAUCAAUGUUCAAGCUAUCUGUGAUAAUGCUGGUAAAUUUACCAACAUCGUGGCAAGAUGGCCAGGUAGCACACAUGAUAGCCACAUAUUUAACAUGAGUGGAAUAAAGCAAGAUAUUGAGCGGAACUUCCGCUCUAUCAAUGAUGGCAUCAUAUUGGGCGAUAGUGGGUAUGCCUGUAAACCAUACCUUAUGACACCAUACCUCCGACCCUCCUCUCAGGCCGAGGAGCGCUUUAAUACAGCGCAUUCUAAAACACGCGUGGCCAUUGAGAGGACAUUUGGCUGGUGGAAACGACGGUUCCACGUCCUUCAUUCUGAAAUCAGAAUGAAGCCAGAGAGAGUGUGCACAAUUAUUGGUGCUUGUGCAGUUUUGCAUAACCUGGCUAUAAUGUACAACGAGCCACCGAUGGAUGAAGAUAUAACUGUUAAUGGAAAUAUACAGGGAAAUUACAAUGGACCCGAGGAUGGAAAGAACAUCAGGAAUUACAUCACACAACAUUAUUUCUAG